AUGAUACAGGCCAUCCAGGUGCUGCGGUUCCAUCUGCUGGAGCUGGAGAAGGUCCACGACCUGUGCGACAACUUCUGUCACCGCUACAUCACCUGCCUCAAGGGAAAGAUGCCCAUCGACCUGGUCAUCGAGGAUCGGGACGGCUGCUGCAGGGAGGACCCCGAGGACUACCCCGCCUCCUGCCCCAGCCUCCCGGACCAGAAUCCUACCUGGCUUAGGGACCACGAAGACAGCGGGUCUGUGCAGCUGGGGACCCCGGGACCGUCCAGCGGGGGCCUGGCCUCCCAGAGUGGGGACACCUCCAGUGACCCAGGAGACGGACUAGACACCAGCGUGGCCUCCCCCAGCUCUGGGGGGGAGGACGAGGAGCUGGACCCUGAGCGACGGAGGAACAAAAAAAGGGGCAUCUUCCCCAAGGUGGCCACCAACAUCAUGCGAGCCUGGCUGUUCCAGCACCUCUCGCACCCGUACCCCUCGGAGGAACAGAAGAAACAGCUGGCGCAGGACACGGGACUCACCAUCCUGCAAGUCAACAACUGGUUCAUUAACGCCCGGAGACGCAUCGUGCAACCAAUGAUAGAUCAGUCCAACCGCACAGGGCAGGGAGCAGCCUUCAACCCUGAGGGCCAGCCCAUGGCGGGCUACCCAGAGACACAGCCACACAUGACUGGCAGGCCACCCGGCGCCAUGGGGAUGAGUGUGAACUUGGAAGGAGAGUGGCAUUACCUAUAG